UGGUUUAAUUACAUACAUGGGAAAUUAAUCACAACGUAUCAGUUGUUAAAAGGAACUAUGAUUUCCCAAUAGUGGUUCUCAUGUGACCUACAUAUCUUUAAGAUACAGUCCUACGUACUUAUUUCCCAUCGGGUUAUCGAGUUCUUUGCCCUAUGGGAUUUUUUUCUUUGGGUUUUAAUGUUAAAAUUUUCCCCCCAAACUGUAUAAAAUGGGCACCCUGAUAUCUGUUAAUCAGAGAAAAACUGAAGCAUUACAAUACUUCUCUACUGCAAAGGCAAACCAGUGAAAAGGCAAUGGCACAGAUCAGCUUAACUGUCACAGCUGUCCUGUUAGUGCUGGCACUGAGUUCCUUCAGCGAAUCACAAUCUACUGGACCAUGCUGCCUUUCUUAUUCCCAAAAGCAACUGCCAUGCAGGUUCAUUAAAGACUACACAGACCAGCAUGCCAAUGGUGUCUGCAACAUUGAAGCAACAGUUCUCCUAACAGCGAGAGGACGGAAAGUGUGUGCAGAUCCAAAGGAGCAGUGGGUUGUCGAAGCAAUCCAGUGUGUAAAUAACAGAAAAAUCGGGGCUGCAAAGCAUUGAUGAGCUGUUCCUUUGCAAGAAAAUACGGAAGAAAGAACUUGUGAAAAAAAGCGUUUGAUUAAAAUGUAUAAGUCUUAAAACUGAUUAACUGUUAACAUUACUGUGCAUUGGUAAUGCAGUUAUAAUUUGGUCUUGUUUUUAGGUAGGUGUAUUUUAUAAAAUGUACUAAGUUAAUAAUGCAUGUUAUUUUAUGAUUUAAAAUGUUA